GCUGCUGCCCCGAUGCGCUGCGCCGGGAGCUGGGGCCGCGUCGCCGCCGCAGCUGCAGGGGCGCCCGGGCCGGGUGACGCCGACGCCGCCCGCGCCCCUCCCAGACCCCGCUGGCCGCAUGGAGCCCCCGGAGGGCGCCGGCCCCGGAGGUAACACCGUCUUUGUUGCAGAAAUGGUUAAGGAGGCUGAGGUGCCACAGGCAGCCCUGGGCACCCUGGCCCAUGGGACAGGAGACAGCUGCCACUCGCCCACGGCCGAGGAGGAGGUGGGCAUCCCGAUACCAGCACCGGGGCUCCUGCAGGUCACAGAGAGGCGGCAGCCCCUGAGCAGCGUCUCCUCCCUGGAGGUGCACUUUGACCUCCUGGAUCUCACUGAGCUGACAGACAUGUCCGACCAGGAGCUGGCUGAGGUCUUUGCUGACUCGGACGACGAGAGCCUGGCCAGCGAGUCGCCAGCAGGCCUGCACCCACUACCCCGGUCUGGCUGUCUGCGCUCCCCCUCCUGGACGCGAACCAGGGCCGAGCAGAACCGAGAAAAGCAGCCACUUGGUGACCAGGAGCGCCAACCAGCAAUUGUGGACACAUUUCUCACCGUGGAAAGGCCCAAGGAGGACUAGGCCAGCUGGCCCCGGGGCCCAGGCAGGACAAAUCCGGACAGUACUGACCCCAUGGACACUGCCCACCCAUGUGGCUCUGGGUCAGGUUCUCGGGGUGCCCCAGCACAAGCACAGCCCAAUGGCCUUAUGUCCCCCUCCGUCCCAGUCCCUGAGUCUCGGACAACAAUGGCUGAGGACGAGGUGGGAGUGGCCUAGGCCUUUUGGAAACUUCUGCCUGCAGGAGGGGUGCUCUCAUCUGCCACAAGAAUCCCGAGGGGGUGUGGGGUGAGGGGAACCUAAGUCGGAGACAGCUUCUCUGCAAACCCCCUGAGGGCCUCAGGGUUCUGGUCUGGGAAUGGCCACACCGUGCUCCAGCCCGCGGGAUGCUCUGCUAUCCAGCCAAGUGUGUGGGUAGGGGAGUCCGUCCUGAACAACGCCACCUUCAUUUCAGUCCCAUCCUCUUCUUGCCACCCAGGGAGAAUUGCUGGCACCAGGGCCCCCUCCUCAGGCCCUAAGACCCUGCUUGUCUUGGUCCCCGUGUCACAGCCGAGCCCACCCUCUGUGGUUCGUAACACCAAAUAAGGCACAACCGCCUCAGACUGUGUGGGUGGGCAGGGUCUGCCCUUGCCCGGGACACAGUCCGGCAUCCGUGCCCCUGCUUGGCGUCCUGGCCUGGGGUAGAGACGCCCGAGGGGGACUGGGAAUAUGAGGGGCCCUCGCACAGCCCCCAGGCCCCAACUUAAGGGCAUCAGGUUCAGCUGCUCCCAAUGCUGCUUUUUAUGAGCUAAGGGAUGAAAGAGGCUUCUGGUCCCACAGCAAAUCCAAGAACAGUUUAAAAAUAAAUAAGUAAGUCUGCUUUUGGUCCCCAGGCCAACCCGCCCUGACCCGUUUCCCACCAAAACGUUUCUACGGGAGGAGAACCUGCCCUCCUACGGAAGCCCGGGCGUGCCCUGGGCCCGCUGUGCACAGCUAAAGGCAAGUCCCCCGCUGAGAACACAGGCCUGCUCCCUCCACUCGAGGAGGACCAACUCAAAGGAUGUCUGCCAGGCACCAUCCAGAAGUCCGCUUAAACACAAACCCCGUCAGGGCAGCUGCAUGGCCCCCCCGCCCCCUGCGUCUUUUCCCUCCAUCUCUAGCCUUCCUGCUAUGGCUUCCGCAGAGUUUAUUUACAAACAUUGGGAUUAAAAUCUCACCUCUUCCCAAGGCCCAACCGGUG